AUGUAUGGAAGAUCAGGUCUUGAGAGGUUUAAGAAAUCACAAACUUCGGAACCCUUCUCAGUGUCGGCAAAUCCUCGCCCUGCGAAGAAGCCGCCACAAUUGUCUCCGGAGACGGCGACGCCAUUAGCGAGUCAAACCCAGAUUGGAGAGAGUCAAUCAAAUUGGCAUCCACCUGAUUGGGCGAUUGAGCCUCGUGCCGGUGUAUACUCUCUGGAAGUUGUAAAAGACGGCCAGAUCCUUGAUCGGAUUCAUCUUGAUAGACGGAGACAUAUCUUCGGUAGACAGCAUCAGACUUGUGAUUUCGUGCUUGAUCAUCAGUCUGUUUCUCGCCAGCACGCAGCCGUAGUUCCCCACAAGAACGGCAGCAUCUUUGUGAUUGACUUGGGAUCAGCUCAUGGUACGUUUGUUGCAAAUGAGAGAUUGACUAAAGAUAGUCCUGUGGAGCUUGAAGUUGGGCAAUCAUUACGGUUUGCUGCCUCUACAAGAAUAUACAUUCUGAGAAAGAACAGUGAGGCUCUCUUUAUUCGGCCUCCUCCUCAAGCAGAGAUUAAGCUUCCACCGCCUCCUGAUGCUUCUGACGAGGAUGCCGUUGUUGCAUACAAUACGUUGCUGAAUCGAUACGGUUUGAGCAAUGGAGAAUCGGGCUGUAUGCUAGGGAAAAGGAAAAAGGAUGGAUCAGAAGCUGGUGUGGUGGGUAAGAGGGUGAAGAAGAAAGUACGAGUGAGCUUCAGGGAUCAACUAGGAGGAGAGCUAGCUGAGGUUGUUGGGAUAUCAGAUGGUGCAGACGUGGAAACAAUGCCUGGUCCGAUUGGUGUCAAAGAAGGGAGCUUAGUUGGUAAAUAUGAAUCACUGGUGCAAGUGACACUGAUACCCAAAGGAAAAGGGAAUGAAGAGAAAGCGUUUACAGGAACCACCAGAGGUGUGACAAAUAGACUCCAGGAAGCAAUGGAGAAGCUAAGAGGAGGUCCAAAAGUGGGGAUUUAUGAUGAUCUUUACGGUGGUGAUUCACUUAAGAAGGCGGUUGGUACGUCAUGGGCUUCUGUGAGUGUACCAGCAGCUAAGGAUAAAGAAGAAACUCAAAGCGGAAGGGUUGAUAAAGAAGACGACAACGACGAUCUGUUUGGUGACUGA